UGUGGCGCGGGAGCUGUGAGGUCAGAGGAAACGAAAAGGCCGGGUGGAGUGUGGGGGUGGAGAGCGGGGAUCUAUCAGUGGAGAGGGCCGGGCUCGCGCUCUUGGCAGUAUUCUGAGCUGGGCACUUCGGCUGACUUAGCUGGCAGGCAAAGGGCAGUGUCAGAGCUCCGGCCGUUCCAGGAGCUGCCUCAUUGGUAGCAGUAUCCGAAAUGCCCGGCCUGGUGCACUAAGCAGUAGCGGCAGCACCAGCCACAGCGACAGCCCUGGGGCCCUGUGUAGAAUCUCCAUCCCCUUGUCUUUGUGUCCGCCUGCGUCCCCAGACUCUAAGAUUAUCUUGGGAGAUCUAGGACUCCGAGAUGUUUCCCUUGAAGGAUGCUGAAAUGGGUGCCUUUACCUUCUUUGCCUCAGCUCUGCCACAUGAUGUUUGUGGAAGCAACGGGCUUCCUCUCACACCAAAUUCCAUCAAAAUUUUAGGGCGCUUUCAAAUCCUUAAGACCAUCACCCACCCAAGGCUGUGCCAGUAUGUGGAUAUUUCUAGGGGAAAACAUGAGAGACUGGUGGUGGUGGCCGAACACUGUGAACAGAGUCUAGAAGACUUACUUCGAGAAAGGAAACCCGUGAGCUCUUCAAAAGUUUUGUGCAUAGCGUUUGAGGUCCUCCAAGGCUUGCAGUGUAUGAACAAACAUGGUAUAGUGCAUCGGGCACUCUCUCCUCAUAAUAUCCUUUUGGACCGAAAGGGACAUGUUAAAUUGGCUAAAUUUGGACUUUAUCACAUGACAGCUCAUGGAGAUGAUGUUGAUUUCCCAAUUGGGUAUCCAUCGUACUUGGCACCUGAGGUAAUUGCACAAGGAAUUUUCAAAACCACUGAUCAUGUGCCAAGUGAAAAACCAUUGCCUUCUGGCCCCAAAUCAGAUGUAUGGUCUCUUGGAAUCAUUUUAUUUGAGCUUUGUGUGGGAAGAAAAUUAUUUCAGAGCUUGGAUAUUUCUGAAAGACUAAAAUUCUUGCUUACCUUGGACUGUGUAGAUGACAAUAUAAUAGUUCUGGCUGAAGAGCAUGGUUGUCUGGACAUUAUAAAGGAGCUACCUGAAAAUGUGAUAGAUCUUUUGAAGAAGUGCCUCACCUUCCACCCUUCCAAGAGGCCAACCCCAGAUGAAUUAAUGCAGGACAAUGUGUUCAGUGAAGUGGCACCUUUAUACACGCCGUUUAUCAAACCUGCCAGUCUGUUUUCUUCUUCUCUGAGAUGUGCCGAUUUAACUCUGCCUGAGGAUAUCAGUCAGCUGUGUAAAGAUAUAAACAGCAAUUACCUGGCAGAAAGAUCUAUUGAAGAAGUGUAUUACCUUUGGUGUUUAGCUGGAGGUGACUUGGAAAAAGAACUUGUCAAUAAGGAAAUCAUUCGAUCCAAACCACCUAUCUGCACCCUUCCCAAUUUUCUCUUUGAAGAUGGUGAAAGCUUUGGACAAGGUCGAGAUAGAAGCUCAUUAUUAGAUGAUACCACUGUGACAUUGUCAUUAUGCCAACUAAGAAAUAGAUUAAAAGAUGUUGGUGGAGAAGCAUUUUACCCACUACUUGAAGAUGACCAGUCUAAUUUACCUCAUUCGAAUAGCAAUAAUGAGUUGUCUGCAGCUGCCACACUCCCUUUAAUCAUCCGAGAGAGGGACACAGAGUACCAACUGAACAGAAUCAUUCUCUUUGACAGGCUGCUAAAGGCCUAUCCGUAUAAAAAAAAUCAAAUCUGGAAAGAAGCAAGAGUUGACAUUCCUCCACUUAUGAGAGGUUUAACCUGGGCUGCUCUUCUGGGAGUUGAGGGGGCUAUUCAUGCCAAGUAUGAUGCAAUAGAUAAAGAUACUCCAAUUCCUACAGAUAGACAAAUUGAAGUGGAUAUUCCUCGUUGCCAUCAGUAUGAUGAACUGUUAUCGUCACCAGAAGGUCAUGCAAAAUUUAGGCGUGUAUUAAAAGCUUGGGUAGUAUCCCAUCCUGAUCUUGUGUACUGGCAAGGUCUUGACUCACUUUGUGCUCCAUUCCUAUAUUUAAAUUUCAAUAAUGAAGCCUUGGCUUAUGCGUGUAUGUCUGCUUUUAUUCCCAAAUACCUGUAUAACUUCUUCUUGAAAGACAACUCACAUGUAAUACAAGAGUAUCUGACUGUGUUCUCUCAGAUGAUUGCAUUCCAUGACCCAGAGCUGAGCAAUCAUCUCAAUGAGAUUGGAUUUAUUCCAGAUCUCUAUGCCAUCCCUUGGUUUCUCACUAUGUUUACUCAUGUAUUUCCACUGCACAAAAUUUUCCACCUCUGGGACACCUUGCUACUUGGGAAUUCCUCUUUCCCAUUCUGUAUCGGAGUAGCAAUUCUUCAGCAGCUACGGGACCGGCUUUUGGCUAAUGGCUUUAAUGAGUGCAUUCUUCUCUUCUCUGAUUUACCAGAAAUUGACAUUGAACGCUGUGUGCGAGAAUCAAUCAACCUGUUUUGUUGGACUCCUAAAAGUGCUACCUACCGACAGCAUGCUCAACCUCCAAAGCCAGCUUCUGAGAACAGUGGAGUCAGAAGUUCCACACCUUACUUCUCUACCGAGUGUCCGGAUACUCCUAAAACAGAUCUGUCAAGAGAAUCCAUCCCAUUAAAUGACCUAAAGUCAGAGGUUUCUCCCCGGAUUUCAGCAGAAGAUCUGAUUGACUUGUGCGAGCUCACAGUGACAGGCCACUUCAAAACACCCACCAAGAAGACAAAGUCCAGUAAACCAAAGCUCCUGGUAGUUGACAUCCGGAAUAGUGAAGAUUUUAUUCGGGGUCACAUUUCAGGCAGCAUCAAUAUUCCGUUCAGCACUGCGUUCACCACAGAAGGGGAGCUAACCCAGGGCCCUUACACGGCUAUGCUCCAGAGCUUCAAAGGGAAGGUCAUUGUCAUCGUGGGGCACGUGGCCAAGCACACAGCAGAGUUUGCAGCUCAUCUUGUGAAGAUGAAAUACCCAAGAAUCUGUAUUCUAGAUGGUGGCAUUAACAAGAUCAAGCCAACAGGCCUCCUCACCGUCCCAUCUCCUCAAAUAUGAAGAACCAAGAGUAUGGCUGCCAGAGGGACAAAAGGGCAUCAGCUCUCCACAGCACAGCUCCCCACGGCACAGCGCCCCACAGCACAGUUCUCCAUGGCACAGCUCCCCACAGCCUUCCAGUCUAAGACAGAACCAGACUUCCAGACUGUUGCAUUUCCAUGAAGCUUUGUCAUGACACAUUUUAAGUCUCAUGACCCAAAUGUUCAGCUAUUCAGGCAACAAACUUGACUGUACAUGUAGUGCUGAAAGAAUUUUCUUAACAGUGAAAUCCGAUCAUGUAUAUUUAGCGCACUGCAACACAAAGCCAGAGGAAUUCAGCUGACACGGCAGAUUUAGCAUUAUCAAGAAAUCUCACUUGCACUGAGAAAGCUGCCUUCCAUUGCUCUGAACAGACAGUCCCAACAAAGGUAUUAUUUAGAAAUAUAGAUUGAAUGUGGGCUAAAAUCAUCUUUCCAUGGUAAUGAAAAGUGAAAAGCUACUCACAAUGCAUUCCUUAUAGGUAAAUGCUACAUUUGGUAACUCAGUUUUGGCCCAGACAAGGGUGUGUGUGUGUGUAGAGGGAGAAGAAUUUAGCCCAUUGAAGAAAAUAUAAUAGUCUACUUCCAGAAAAAUGAAAGCAUGAAAUCAUUCAGAUUAGAAUAUUUGUUCAGCUCCUGUAGCAGAGAAACACAAAAUAAGAGUGACUUAGACAAACUAGAACUUUCUCUCUCACUUAAAAGUUUGCAUAGUCACUCUAGGGCUAGUGUAUUGGUUUUGUAAUCGUUAAGAACUCAGGUAUCUUUUCUCCUUGCUAUACCACCCUCAACACAUGGUUUCCGUCUCAUGGAUCAUGAUGGCUGCUCAGCUCCUACCAUCACAUGUGCAAUUUAGAAGGAAGGAAAUGAAGGAGGAGGGGCUGGGGAAGAAAGGAAUGAAAAAUAGGGAAGAAGGAAAGAUGGAAGAGAAGGGAGGACGUGCUUCUUCUCUUUAAGGACACAAACCAGAAGUUGCACAUAUUACUUCUGCUUACAUACCAUUGGCCAGAAGUUAGACAGAUGGCCACACCUAGCUCUAAGGAAAACUAGGAAUACAGUCUUUCUGAAAAAAAAUUAUUACUGUGUGUAUUGAAGGACAGCUAGCAGCCUCUGCCACGUUAUUUUAAAAAUACUGUCCUUCAUUGAAUCUAAGACAUACCACAAUUUUAUGUACUGAAGGAAGAAGUGCAGCCAAAUAAACUAUGACUCAUCAGUUAUAAGAUGCAUUCCUAUUUCAGAAAUGUGAAAAACAUAUUUGUCUUAGAAUUAUUGAAAAACAGUACAUCUUUUAUUCACUUUUAUUUUAACUAAAACAGGUUCUAUCCAUUCCUCUUCAGUGUUGGGGCUACAUAGGUAGAACAUCUUAGUAAGAGCCUCAAUUCAACUUUCUGGGCUCUGGUUUUGUUGUUGUUGUUUGUUUGGGGGUUUUGCAUCUAUUUUUUUUAAUUGAGAUAUAAUUUACAUACCACAAAAUUCUCCUUCUAAAACAUACAAUUCAGUGGUUUUUAGUAUAUUCAUAAGAUUGUGCAAUCAUCACUCUAAUUCCAGAACGUUUUCAUCACCAAAAAAGAAAUUCUGUUCCUAUAAGCAGUCAUUCCCUAUUAACCUCUCCCAAGGUCUUUGAUUUAAAUUUUGUAUGUUGAGUGAGAUGGGUAGCCAGUUUUCUGCUUUCAUGUGGAUAUCAAGCUGUCCCAGGGGCAUCGUUGUUUUGUAUUACUCAAUUAAAUUGUAGUCAUUCACCAAAUAUGUUUUGAAUACCUACUAUGUGCAAGACACUAACAUACUCAGUAGUUUUGUCAUUCUAUGAACCCCAUACAAACAAUAUAUAAAGAAAAAAUGUGAUAAUUAAUGAGAAAACAAAAUUUCACCACGGUUUCUCUAACAUCUUUCUUGGACCAUUAUCUACCCUGGUUAGGGAAGUAUUAUUAAAUCCUCCUGCCCUUUCCUUUAAUCCUUGAUAACGUAUCUACUUCAGAGUCAUAAUGCAGUACUGAUGGUCAUUUGGAAAUAGUGGCUCUGAGUUUUGACUUUGCCUUACUGAGAAGGCAGAGAAGGAUGGAGGGGCGGUGAUCUGGAUUGAACGGGGUGGUAGUUAGAUAGUGGAAGAGGAUGAAGAGCUGAGUGUUCCGAGAAGAUAAUAGUAGCCAGUCUCCAUCACAAUUUUGCAUUUUAUCUUUCUCAAAACUUGAUACAUUUAGGCUUUUGGGGAAAAAAAGGAAGCUCUAUAAACAUUCAAAUUGUGACUACUCAACAGUAAACUCUUCUCAACAGUAAAGUAAGAAAGAGCAUACGAUCACUGCCAUGUUUACAGGCAGGGCGUGUUAUUCGAUGGCAGGUGGUUUCAGCAAAGUUGAUGCCAACAACUAUUUGUUGAAUUAAACCUCUGUAUUUAAAA